CAUCUACUAUCAAGGCCCCAUCCUAAUGCAGCACUUGGGCUAUUGACCCGCUUACAUGCCAUGACUGCAUGAGUCGCGCUCAGUGUUCCUGAAUGCUCAAUCACGGCUGCAAAGAUGCCAUAUUUAAAGACCAUGUUUCCCCUCUCCUAGACUUCAAGCAACAAGAUUAGCUAUCAUUCGUUUCUUGCUGUGAUUUCCCAGAAUCAUGGUGCUCUCUCGUUUCCCCCAGGGUGUGGCCUUCACGGCUCUGCUUUCACUCGCUUUGGUCAGUGCUGCGAGCAACGACACGUCCAAUCCUGAUUCCAUCUGCUACUCUUAUGGAGUAGAUUUCGUGGAUGACGGAUCUUACUUCAUAAACACUGGGUCUAACGACACCUUUACAUGCGUCUCUACCUUUGAAGGUUGCAAUCAAGAUAAGGCAGAAGUCUUGUUCAUUGACCCCGCUGGCGACGAGACGUUUUGCUCUCAGAUCCCAACUCUGCCAGAUGAUACUGCCCAAUUGUCCAAUUGUCCCGUGUAUAAAAGCCAGAUGACUUCUGGUCAUUACAUGAUUUUGAUCCUAGGAAAUAAUGGGAAUGGCCAGCCAUAUGCAUGGCAGCGGGAUCUACAGCUUGAUUGCGGCAAGCGGGCCACGUCUGUUAUAACUCCAACAAUUACAUUCAACAUCACUUCAGCCCCAGUGGUGACUACCACAUCUUCGUCGACGCUUUUGAUUACGUCCAGUGUGGGUCCCAACACGACAUACACCGUCCCCUCAGCUACCGCGAGUAAAACGCGAACCAUCACACCUGCUGCAGUCAAUACGACCAUCACGAGCACAGUCACUCACAAAGAAUAUACCUGGACCAAGGAACUAUCGCUCACUACCCAAACUGUGACCGCCAGUUGCACAACGUUGUCAUCUGUCAAGCAAGACAAGCCAUGUAGAUACUCACCCACCGCGAUCCACCCAGCCGCACUUGUCACCCCAACUGCAUCCGCCAAACCCCUACGCUUCGUACGCAAAGCCGAUCGUGCUGUCGACGUCGCGUAUGUGCGUGCCCGUAUGGAAGCCGCCAAACGCCGUCGUGACGCAACAUCCGGAGAAGCCACACUCCCCGUCGCCAAAGUGGGCUACGACUCGGCCACCGUCACCAGCACGGCAUCGCCGCCGGUGAACACCACAGUUACCUAUACGGGCGCUCCGUCCACAGCUUCUGUGCUCAGCAUCGUUACACAGACUACAACCACCACUUUGCCCCCUGUUACGGUGCGCUCAGGCAUCUACACCAACGAAGUCACGCUGCCCACGCCUACGCAGACGAGGGUAGUGGUCACGUAUACGACGAGUGUAGAGACGAAGACGAUCAAAGCUACAUUUACUAAGAAGACGACUGUAUCCCUGAGCGCGUCUUGUGCGCAGUCGCCUGGUAAUGGGCUGCCUCCUCCUUCCUCUCGUCCUUCUCCUGCUCGGCCAUCGUCUCCGCCUGCUAAUCAACCUUCUGCCUCUUCCAUCUUCUCUUCCUCUCUAUUAUCGUCGUCUCAACCUCUCCCUCCUUCUGCGUCUUCUAACUCCCUGAGCCUUCCUAUCUCUUCCUUCCCAUCGUCUUCUGUCCAGGCUUCCCCUUCGUCUCUAUUGCCUUCGUCCCUACCUUCUUCAACGCUUCCUUCCGGACCCUCGAGACCUUCGUCUGUGUCGCAGUCUCCUCCCCCUCGUCCAAUAUCUCCUCAGUCAAACGCACCUACAUCUCUCUCUCCGUCCCCAUCUUCGCGUCCCGGUAAUAACGGGAACUCGAAUCCGUGGAAUAACCCCUCUUCGAACAACAAUCCAUGGACACAAUCCGGUGGAAAUAGCGACAACAACAAUAAUAAUAAUCAAUGGUCCAAGCCCAACGGCAAGAGCAAUAACAAUAACCCGUGGAGUAACACCCGCAACGGGAAUGCUAAUGUCCAGCCUACUGCAAAUGCAAAUGCGAAUGCAAAUGCGAAUGCAAACUCGAACACCAAUUCAAACUCCAACAGCAACAGCAACAGCAAUGACAACGUGAAUAACCCUUAUGCGCCCGGGAGUUGGACCAAGAGUAAAGGGUUCCCAGCUUGGGUAUGGGGAGGAUGA